UAAUCAGGAUGUAAACCUCUGAAAGGGGGUGGAGUUAUCUACGUUUGUUAUGAACAUGUCACUCGUUACAGGGGCUAGGAUAAUUGCUUCAAAGUCAAGAAUGCUGAACUUUGCAAGGUCAUCUGCUCUUCUGAACAACCUCCGCGUGAGUCAGCAGUUUCAACGGCUACCCACAAACACCGCAGCGGCGAUCCAGCGCUUCAGUUGCGCCUCAGCCCAGGAGGAGUCAGCGGUGUCAGCUGUAUCUGAAGAUAAAGUUCACCUCACCGAUUCCUGUGUGAAGAGAUUAGGAGAGAUCAUGACGAAAGGCGAGUAUUUGAGAAUACAUGUGGAGGGAGGAGGCUGCUCAGGCUUCCAGUACAAGUUUUCUGUUGACAGUAACAAGAAUGAUGAUGACAGAGUGUUUGAGCAUGGAGGAGUCGGGGUUAUCGUGGACCAGGACAGCCUGGAAUUUGUGAAAGGAGCCACAGUGGACUUCAGCCAGGAGCUGAUCCGAUCCACUUUCCAGAUUCUCAAGAAUCCUCAGGCUGAUCAUGGCUGCUCCUGUGGCAGCUCUUUCUCUGUCAAAUUAUGACCCUGCUUUUCCGUUUUGUCUCUUCAUAUUAUUUAAUAUUUCACUGAUUUUCAAAUUUAUCAUGUACUUAUGUUGAAAAUGUAAUACAUUGGAAACUAAAUAUAUAGAUAUUAUGACCUAUGUGGAUAAAUCAACACAUUUCACACAGACAAUAAACUUAUUAUCGAAGAAAUGGAUUAUAAUAUAUUUCAGUGCUUUUACAUGACCCUAAAUGUGUACCUAAUAUAUUGUUACUCUGGUUAUUAUCAGUUUACUAUUAACUGCAUCAUGUGUAAACAGCAAAACUGGCAAAUAAUCUUUAGCUACUUUGUGAGCACCUUGAAAGUUGGUUAAAUGUUGCAGAUGUUGAGUCAACAAUGCUCGCUGAUGACUCGGUUCACAAUAGUCAUUUUUCUCAUGUCAAACAAAGGCUCAUUUAAAAUUUCAGGUCAUUGCUUAAAUUUGCUUUUGUAUGUAAAAUAUGUAUAUAAGCCACAUAGCAUAUAAAACUGUUAUAUUUGUUUAAAUUCAAAUAAAACUAUGUGAACUGUG